AUUAGGAGGGAUAAGGAACAUUAACAUUAAAGUAGAACUGACUACAUGUAGUGUUAAAUAUAUAACUAUGCUAAGUAAUAUGAUUUGUACUUUUUAAAGAGCUUCUGAAGCAUUACUAAUAGUAAGAAUCUAAAAUGCACUUCAAAAAACCCAAACUCAGUGACAUCAGCUCAAAAACCUCGAAAUCAACAGACAGUAACUGUGAUAUUUGCAAAGGGAAACGAAUCGAGCAGGUCUUAAAGAGAAAUCUAAAGCAGAGUGAAAACGAAAUAACGAGCAUACACCAGAUCUGCCCAAGCGUUAGCAGGACAUUUCGACUCAGGUUCUAUUUUUGUAGAAAAGCUAAGACGUUAGUCUCAAAAGCCAAAGCUAUGCUUUGCUCUUGAACCACUUGUGAACCAGCGAGUCUCCCAGGUUCCCAGUCUUCGAGGCUCAGGAAGCACAACCCAGCUGGAGCUGGAGAACAGUGCAGCACUAUCGUC